AUGUUUCUGGCCCAUUCUCUCAUGGAAAGAUCUUUGCUCACGUCGAGUCUACCAGUCGGUACUGUAGGGACGCUAGUCAGCAUGGAGGGAGAUCCUGCGCUCAACUUUGAGCACUCGCCUACCCCGGUGAAAGUGAAAUUCGUUGCUUGGAUUGCGAAGCUGAGUGCACGUAUCCGAAACGUAACAGACAAGUCAGGUUAUCUCGAGUCUAUUCUUCAACAGAAUCAGUUGCUUAGAGCUCGGGUCCAGUCUGGCCGGAGCGCCCGAGACACGCCCGAGGCUGCAGUGGUAGAGCCUACCCACAACCAUGAGAGCACAACAUCCACUGAGCCGAGCCGGAACCCUGUUCUCGAGAAUAAUCCCUGGUUCAUCCCGCUGGAUUCUUUUCAAGUCCCCCUUCGGGUUGGAGAGUCUGCCGACACUGCCUUCGCGACCCGUGUCCGCCAACUCGCGUCGGCAACGGCCCCCACCCGCCUCGUCUCAGCUAUCCAACCCAGGAUCAGGUCCAUUUGGACUUUGUUGGAUCGGUUUGUGGAGAACCCAGCUUCGUUGGACAUGUUUUCGAAAUCCAAGAUCUUUGCACUACUUGCCCUUGGGAAACUGUAUUCCAGUCGCUACGAGCUACUCUCCGCCUAUGAGAGAUGGCACUCGGCCUACUUCCUAGCUAGUUCGGCCACGCGGCAUUGUGCUGUAAUGGGCUUAAACUUUAACAUUCCAGAAACCCACCUUCAUGACGGUGCGGCCCGAGAGCAUCUCAUAAGAGUCUGGUGGACGUCUUAUCUCCUCGAUCACACCUGCGCAGCUAUCAACGGGCAAAUGGUCUCUAUUCAGGAUUAUGAUGUAUGCGUCAGUUUCCCAUCCAGUGACGGACUUAAUCCAAACGAGAUGUCUGAGUUUGCCAACCCUCACUACAUGUCGGCUCGAGUCGAAUUGGUUAGGAUAUUGAGCAAGAUCAUAAAGUCCUUAUAUGGUCGGGCAAACCAGAGCGAGUCUUUUUUACAAAGAGUCCAAAAUGCACUGAAGGGACUCAAAAGUUGGCUUCAAAGGUUACCAGAACCGCUCAGAAUGAACCAAGCAGUGGCAGGGGAUUCCGGGGCUGUAAGGUCUUUGCACCUAUUCUUCAAUCAGUGCAUGAUCAUGACGUCCCGGCCAUUGCUACUCCAUGUUAUACAACAUCAAAAGGAAAUGAAUCGAUCAAGCGGCCACGACACCCCUCAUCCCAUCCAUGAGAACAUACAGGCUAUUGUAACAUCGUGUAUUCGCCUUUUGAACAAUCCCGAGAAUGCACGAGAUCUGGAGGAUUUCAAGCUCUGCGACCAACUUCUCAAGAAGCUGAAGGAUUCAGGUAGCUUACCAGCCAUGGAGUUCUACCAACACCUCGAAGCUCUCAAGAUCGGCCUAGCGACAUUCACGCCGACCAGGCCGAACUCGGAUGGCGAAACUACGCUUGGAACGCCCCGGGCUACCAACGUUGUCGCUCACAUACUCCACCUCUCUGCCGCUGGAGAAUACAUCGAUAGCUUAUUGCGGGACCUAGAAGAAUUCGGGAUUCGAGAAGAUGGUUCCACCAGGCUCGACCACCUUGUUAAGCUCCGACUAGACGGGUGGCCUGUCGGUGAAGUUAAUGGCUAG